AUGGACUCCAAGAACAGCCUCUUGUACAAGAAUUUCCACAAGCACCCCGCGGCUUUGGUCGAGUCGGCCUCUGGGAUUUACCUUCACACGAGCGAUGGCAGGAAGAUUCUCGAUGCUACCAGUGGUGCAGCAGUCGCCUGUCUAGGUUACGACAACAAGGAGGUUCAGAAGGCGGUUGUUGAUCAGCUGGUCAGCGUGCCUUACUGCCAUCCAGGUUUCUACAAGACCAAGUCUGCUGAGGACCUGGCCGACUUCCUGGUCGACUCUACUCAUGGUCACAUGUCGAAGGCCGUCCUGUGCGGAUCCGGCUCCGAGGCCGUAGAGGUCGCUCUCAAGCUCGCCAAGACACACUUCUCCCACCUUGCCAUCCCUCAGACCGAGAGGUGCCACUUCAUCGCCAGAGUUGGAGCAUGGCACGGAGCUACCCUUGGCGCCCUGACACUCGGCGACUUCAAGGUCCGCAAGGAUCCCUUUGUUCAGCUCAUCUCCCAGAAUUCGUCUCGCGUAUCAGCUUGCAGCACCUACCGCGGUCUGCAGAAAGGUGAGACUGAGGAGGCGUAUGUGCAGCGUCUGGCGCAGGAACUUGACGAUGAGUUCCAAAGAGUUGGUCCUAACAAGGUCUGCGCUUUUGUAGCUGAGACUGUUGGCGGAAGUGCCAGUGGAUGUGCCAUGCCAGUCAAGGGCUACUUCCCCGCCAUGAAGGCUGUAUGCGAAAAGUAUGGUGCCCUCCUCAUCCUCGACGAAGUCAUGUGUGGAAUGGGUCGUACCGGAUCUCUUCAUGCCUUCGAACAAGAAGAUGUCGUCCCAGACAUUCUCGUCGUUGGAAAGGGUCUCGGGGCCGGCUAUGCCCCCAUCUCAGCCGUUAUGCUCAACACCAAGCUUGUCGAGUCGUUCCAAAAGUCCGGCAAGGGAUUCGCUCACGGCCAGACGUACAUGGCUCACCCUCAAGCCGCCGCCGCUGGGUUGAAGGUGCAGCAGGUUAUUCGAGACACAAACAUGGUUUCUCACGUUCAGAGCAUGGGCGACUACCUGGGAUCAAGGCUCAAGGAAAGGCUACUGCCUCUUCCCUGGGUUGGAGAUAUCCGUGGCAGAGGUCUGUUCUGGGCUGUUGAGUUCGUCAUUGACAAGAAGUCCAAGGAGCCGUUCCCUUACAGCCUCGGACUCCACGGUAUGCUGCACUCCAAAGGAAUGAGCGAGGGCUACGAGAUUUCUCUCUUCAACGCCAACGGUGGUUAUGACGGUUACAGCGGCGAUCACUUCCUCAUCUGCCCCCCUUUUAUCGUCAACGAGGCCGAUGUCGAUGAGAUUGUGGACCGAACCGCACGUGUCAUUGAGGAUACCUUUUCGGAGUUAGUCAACUCGGCGGUCUGGGAAAAGAUCGCUAUCCAGAUGGACAUUGCUGCCGAGACUCCGGUGGCGGAUAUUGCUGUUGGAGAGACGUUAGUGUCUGUCAACUAG